AUGGGCUACACUUGGGAUCCUACAACGCGAAUAUACAAGAUCCGUAAACAAGUUUCAAGUUAUAGUAUUCGACAUUUGGAAGAUGAUGAUGAUGAUGAAGACGAUGAAGAUGAUGAAGACGGGGAAGAGAAUAAUAAUGACGAAACUCAACCUAUGGAGCAUGAUCAACAAGUCACUGACCAUGGUGAUUGGCUAGGUGCUACUCCUGGACAAAAUCCAUCUGAUAGCCAAGGUCGGGGAAAGUGGCAACACACCGGCUCGACCAGCCAACAAUCAUCCUAUAUGCCUACACCUUCUUCUCAAUCUGAAAAUUCUGAAGUGAUGGAAAUGUCGAGAAACAUGCAAAUUCAUCCGCAAAAAUUUUCUACACUUCAAGAGGAGAGAUUUAUGGCCUUACAAGAUCAGCUUCAGAUUCAAAGUGAGAACUCUUCCUCUUUUACUACUCUCCAAGAGGAACGAUACUCAAACUUAAGAAAUCAGAUCCAAACCCACAGUGACAACUUCAAUUCAUUUUCCUCCACAAUCAUGCAAUGGAGUGAUGCCACUCAUCGCUAUCUCUCCAGAUCCUCCAAUACGCUUAACUGGAACAUCAUUGAAUUCACCAACCUUUAUGAACAAGGCAGGCCGUUGCGUCAACCUUCUGGUUAUAGAGGCAGAAAUGACCCGUCACAGGAGAGACAACGUUAG